CAGAACGCGGUCUCUCGCUGUGCGGAGGCGGCGGUGGCGGCAAUGUGUGGAAUCGCUUUGAUCGUUUCGGGCAUUCGCCUUCAUUUAUCUUCUCUACAUGUAGACGCCACAUCCCCGUCUCCUUCUCCAGUUCACGAGCAACUCGAGUUUUCAAUUGAUGAUCUUAAAGCAGUAUUACGGAGAAGAGGGCCCGAUAGCUUAGGGGGAGUGAAGGUUUUUUUCUCUUUAAAAUCUUCUAAUCCCAGUGGAGAAGAGCAGCUUGAGUGUUUCAUUGAAAGGGUUGAUGAUGGCGUAGCAUUCCAAAAUCAAAAUGAUCAAUACGAGAUGGAAAAUGGAUCUAUUCUCCAAUCAGAGAACGGUUGCAGUAAUCCCAUCUCUGGUGCGGAGCUUUAUUUACUUGGGGCCACGUUACAACUUAGAGGUGUUAACUCUAUUGUUCAGCCGCUGAUGGAUGCUUCCCGCAAUAUUCUUGUUUACAAUGGUGAAAUAUUUGGAGGACUACAUGUUGAGUGUCAUGAAAACGAUGCCGAAAGUCUUAUGCUAGCACUUUGGAAUUGUUGCUCAUGUAAUUUUAGUUUAGAUAUGAACACAUGUGAAGAUGAAUUUAGGAGAGAAAGAACUAUUGUGGAUAUUCUUUCAAAGAUCCAAGGGCCAUGGUCAAUCGUCUACUGGCAGGAUAGUGCAAAAACUUUGUGGUUUGGUCGGGAUGCCUUUGGUAGGCGAAGUCUUCUUGUUCACUGGCCAACAGUGGAGGAUUCUCGGUUUCUGUUGUCGUCUGUAUCACCAGCUUCUUCCAUGUUUCAAGACUCUGCAGGGCUUGAAGUUGACAGUGGUACUUGUGAAGUGAGCUUCUGGGAAGAACUACCAUGUGGGAUUUACAGUGUCUCUUUUGAUGCUCAGAAAACUGAUGGUUGCGUGGUUGGUGAAGUCAAAAGGCAUGAAUGGACCAAUGAGUUACUGAAAGAGCUUGUUGAGUGGAAAAGAACUCGUAUUGUACCUGAACAUGGAGACAUCUCCACUCCAUAUCACAAGGAUUGUUUGUCACAACAUGAAAGCCAUUCUACAUGUUUACAUAACUUGCAAUCAGCAUCGGGGAAUUUCCAAGCUCCUGUCUCAACACCUGCAGAGAUUCUACUGGAUGCUCUAAGGAAGUCUCUAAUCCGGCGGACUUCACUUUAUACAAUUUUCCAGGGUACUAUGUCUGCUUCCAGAAAAGCAGAACUUGGUCCAGUGGCCAUUCUUUUUUCUGGUGGGUUGGAUUCUAUGAUUCUAGCAGCAUUACUGGAUGAAUGUCUCGAUCCUUGUUAUGAGGUGGAUCUUCUUAAUGUCAGCUUUGAUGGAUGUUCUGCACCUGAUCGCAUCUCUGCGAAGGCUGGUGUUAAGGAACUGAGUAGAAUUGCCCCUCUAAGAAGGUGGAAGCUGGUUGAGAUUGAUGCUGAUAUGUCAGAUUUGACCUCUGAAACCAAGCACGUCAUGUCUCUAAUAAAUCCUGCAAAUACAUACAUGGACCUAAAUAUUGGAAUAGCUUUGUGGCUGGCCUCUGGUGGCAAUGGUUGGAUUUAUGAAUCAGCUGAUGAGGAUGAGAAGUUCCAUCAACGUGUAAAAUACAAGUCCGAGGCCAAGAUUCUCCUUGUUGGUUCUGGUGCCGAUGAGCAAUGUGCUGGCUAUGGCAGGCAUCGAACAAAAUAUAGACAAGGGGGUUGGAAUCUUUUAAAUGAGGAAAUGAAGUUGGAUAUCCAGAGAAUCUGGAAGAGAAAUCUAGGGAGAGAUGACAGAUGUAUUGCAGAUAAUGGGAAGGAGGCUAGAUUUCCCUUUUUGGAUGAAGACGUUAUACGUACAUUGCUAGCAUUUCCUCUAUGGGAGGUUACUGACCUUGAGAAACCUGCUGGAACCGGUGACAAGAAGAUACUUAGGGAGGUUGCAAAAUUACUUGGCCUGCACGAAGCAGGGGUUCUACCUAAAAGAGCAAUACAGUUUGGCUCAAGGAUUGCAAGGGAAUCAAACCGCAAGAACUUCGGAAGCAACCGGGCUGCUAAUCAGGCCUCCGCCGGAAGUGUGAAGUUCAACAAACAAUCUGUACUUCGGUGAUGCCCUAUCUAGGCCUGCCCUCUGGCUCAAGGCAGUAUAAUACAAGCGGCUGAGUUUUUAUUUUUCCUAUAUAGAAUAAGCUGAAGAGAACCGCUUUGGCAAACAAUUAAAAGGAAGAAAUGGGCGAUUUCCAGUGCAUUUUGAAAAUUUUGGAUUCUCUUUAAUAGGCAGUAUAUUUGAGGGUAUAUCAUUGGAUCUUAAGCUAUUUCAUGUAGUGUUUGGAUUUUGAGUAGAACUAACCCUUAGUGUAGUCAUAUGACUCAGUUAAAUGAUUAUUGUAGAAGAUGAACAAUUAUUUACUAUGGAAGAAUGGAUGGAUAGACAUCCUUAUGGUGCA